UCUCCUCUGCUCCAUUGCUUUGGUGAAGCCAAGAUGAAGUUCACAAUUGUCUUUGCUGGACUUCUUGGCGUCUUCCUGACUCCUGCCCUUACCUAUAAUAUCAAUGUCAAUGAUGACGGCAACAGUAAUGGAAGUGGGCAGCAGUCAGUGAGUAUCAACAAUGAACAUAACGUGGCCAAUGUUGACAACAACAAUGGAUGGAACUCCUGGAAUUCCAUCUGGGAUUACCAAAAUAGCUUUGCUGCAACCAGGCUGUUUGACAAGCAGGCAUGCUUUGUGCACAAAAUGAACAACGAUGUCAUGCCUUCUCUUCAAGACCUCGAUGCGCUGAUCAAGGAAAAGAAGCUUCAGGGCAAAGGACCAGGGGGACCUGCUCCCAGGGGCCUGAUAUACUCAAUCAACCCUGACAAAGUCAGUGACCUGAGCCAGUUUGGAGACUCCAUCUCUAACAUGUGCAGUGGGGUUCCAACAUACGUGGCUGAAGAGGUUCAAGGGGCAAGCCUGCUUUCUUACUCACAAAAGUGCUUCAUUGCUAAUAUACUCUGGAUUCUGAACAUUUCCUUCUGUGGAGAAGCACUGGAGAACUGA